AUGCUCCAUUUCUUGUCUAUUUUGCUUCAAGCAGCACAACGAAAGUGCGUUUUCCCGUUUUUCGCUCAUGGGAGACGAUACACAUCAUGUUCAGAAGAUGGUUAUUGUUCGACGACUCGUAUUUAUCGAGGUGAACAAACUGUUUGUGAACAUCCAGUACCCAAACCCUUCGUACACAAAACAUUGGUCAGAUACCGCUAUCCUCAUAUGGUCGUUUGCGAACCGCAGGAGAGUGGCUUUCGUGAACCAUUAAUGGUUGCGCUUAUUCGAGUGGUAAAGGAACCCUGGUUGCGUCAGCUCCGUCCUGGAGUCAUCGAGGUUUUGAAGCCUCAGAAAGAGGACCCUUACUAUGUGGAAUGUUUUUAUCUUCACCACGAGGAUAACAGAAUACGAAUCCCCGUCUAUAAAGGUCGGAAGCUUGCAUUGAACGGCAAUCCUACUUAUGAAACACGCAACCUGAAACCGUCCGACAGUUUGACCUGUGGACAGCAGGUUCCUGUUUACUCGGAGUUGGCGCACUCAGAAGAUGCGCUUGAGUUAUUCAUCCCACCGGGACAGGCAACACAUUUGGGCACCUUUGAUGUAAUGAGCAUCCACACGUGGCGCGUUAAACAAUACGCCGCAGCCGGUACUUGGUUAAUUGCUUGUCGCAUGGACUGGAAGGUGGUCACAUGGUUGGAUGUUACAGUGGAUGGUUAUCCGAAUGAAGCCGUAAUAAAACCUUGGCACCCGGAGCUGCUUUCAUUUGACGAAAAGACAAUGUUCGAGUGCACCUCAGAUAAUGCUGCUCAUGUUGCAUCGGCCAAAAUGAUCUUCCGCCAUCUUUCGGGUCCACCAUUGUUCCAUGUGUCACAGCCACGUUUUACACUGAACCAGAAUUGGAGACCUGAUUCCAAGGACAGCAUUUCUACUUACAAAUGCCUGGUUAGGAAGGAAGAAUUCGAGGUGGAAACAAUUGUGAGGACAAAACUGACUAACGCUACGCUCCCAACACUCAUCCUGACUCCAGAGUCUGAGCUCCUUCCACUAGGGAAACGGAAUCACACCUUCCGCUGUGAAGUCACUGGGAAAAGAAACUUUAUCAAUGGUACAAUUCACCUGUCCGUGGAUAGCUUCACUCGUGUACCUGGCUCGACAACAUUUCCAACAGUCAGUAAAGCACCUUCCUCACAAGAAAUUACGAUCAGCUUCCGUGAUUGUGCACAGUUAAUCGUGGGCUGUUCUUACAUUAAUGGGUCGACGUUACGACGUAUUGAGCGAAUCUAUAAACCAAAAGUUAAAGAAACGGUGAAUCCCUCACACGGUUGUCGGCCAAUCCGAGUCCAGUAAUCGAAUCCGUUACGCCCGCCUCCCAUUGGCUGUCUGGCUUGCUCGGUUGGUCCAUCCGCUCACUCUGAUCUGACACUUCCAUCACGUAUAAUGUAGACGGAAUUACUUUUCCCCACGGGUUUACCAACCCUGGAACCCUGUUCCAGACUCCGUUUUGUUUUCCCUUUCUUUGCACAUUUUCAAAAAGGCGAUUGAAUCUUAUUGGUAGCUCCCAACACUUCGUUGCCCUAACUACGCCAUUGGGGAUUACCUUU